CCGGCGACAGACUCUUCCUCCAUCAACUGGACAUCACCUGAUGCCCUUCUAGUCUCAAUCUACGACAUAAAGUUCUGCCCAUAUUCAGAGCCGGGUGAAGAUCCCGUCUUUGCCGCCGUGGCAGAGAGAGAACCUAUUGGCAAGUCAGCCACCUCUAAGACUAACGGUCUGGAGGUCUUGAUGGUGCUUGAGGACCCUGAUGUAUCUGACCAUCCGGUCAGNGAAGAUUCUUCUCUCAACAGUGUUACAUGGUCAGUAGACGUCGAUACUGACGAGCCCCUCGUUUGUGUCGCUGGAUCUGGAUCGAAAAAUAUCAAAAUCUGGAAUGCGACUACUGGCGAGCUGGUUCGGAUUCUCUAUGGACACGGCGGUGCCAUAAACGAUUUGACAACAUCACCAAUCUCGCCACAAAUACUGGCAUCAUGCUCUGCCGACUACAGCAUUCGGAUAUGGAAUAUAGGUUCUCAGCACUACAAACAGCCAUGUACAGCGAUAUUCUCAGGNGAAGGCCACGAACAGACAAUCCUUUCUAUCGCUUUCCACGACAACGGUAAGUGGCUAUUGAGUGGCGGUCAGGAUACGAUGAUCUGCCUGGUAAGUACUGUUCCUGUUGGGAAAGGGACAGUGUCAUUGCUUACCCGUGCANNGUGGAGCAUACCAGCCGUGUCAGACGAAGAUGCAGGGACAGACAAACCGACUGUCGUGGUAUAUCCUCAUUUUGCCAGUAUUGGCAUGCACUCAGACUAUGUAGAUUGUGUCAGAUUCUGGGGUGACCUCGUCCUAUCUAAAGCAUCUACAGGAAACAAUAUCAAAGUCACGCGCGGCGAAAUAAUGCUCUGGAAAAUCGAUGGCUUCUUCUCAGGCGACAACGAUCCACCAGAACCACCUAUGCCCGGAUAUGGACGAGCCGUACGAUCUGCCUUCGGCCACAGUUUCCAACGACUAUGGACGUUCGACAUGACUAACAUAGAGCCGUUCUACAUGCGCUUUGGCCUAUUCAAAGAACACGGCUACCGCCCUAUGCUCGUCAUGGGCAAUAUCAAGGCUCGCUUCUCUUUCUGGGACUUGCAAAGGUUCGAGGAGCGCCGCACUACCGGCAAGAAUCCAACUCCUGUUGUCGACAAGAAUAAGCGGAUCAAGGACGGUGUCGAACAAGUCUUGGAGAAGAGGAGAGCUGCCAAACAAGUCUCGGAGAAGGGAAAUGCUGCCCAACAGACUCUGACUAUCAACACACGAGCCGACAGUGCUACUGAUAGUGAAGCCAGCGACAAAGAUCCAACUGCUGUUGCUAAGAAUAACAAGCGGAAAAGAGGUCUUGCGGAAAAAGUCCUCAUCAACAAUACAACCAGAGCUACUAGCGCUACAAGCGAUCUGACGAGCACAAGCGGUCGUGGAAGUAAGCAUUCCGGAGCUUCACCUGUGCCUCGCACUACAUCGGCCUCUGGCACAACACCCGCCCUGACUCCAGAUUCGUUCAACGCUCUCGGACCAAACUCUGAUACCCCAGAUCCUAAACCAGAGAAGCCUUUUCGCAACACGAAAAACUACGUUCGACAAGCCGCUCAUAGAUCGACGGUGGUUAACUGUCCCAUCGACUUUGCAUGCAGAGCCAUCGAUUGGAGUGUUGAUGGCAAGUGGUGUGUUGGGGUGGGUGAUCACGGCAUGGUUGCAGUAUUUGGACGCUGGCUGGAUAAAUGA